AUGUUCUUUGACUUUCCCAGUGCUUUUAACACCAUAAGACCUGCUCUGCUCUGCAGUAAGCUCCGGGACAUGCAGGUGAAAGACUCGCUGGUCACCUGGAUCAGAGACUGCCUCACGUGUCGACCACAGUACAACCACAAUCCUCCAUCUGCAGAAGUUCUCAAUGCCUCUGCCAUUGUGGGCUGCAUCACUGGUGACCAGGAAGCUGGAUACGGAGCUGUCUAUGGUGACAAGGAGCUUGGCAGACUACUGGGAGGAGUAACCAUUGCACAGGGAAGAAUUCUGCCCGGUAUUCGGUCAGUCCUGCUGCCCAGGAAGACCGAGAGGCCUGCUAGGUCUGACAGCAAACUGGAUCUGGGUGGACAGCUGUUUGCCAUCUUUGCCUUUGCGACAUGUGGGGGCUACACGGGGCAGCUGCGGGUCAGUGUGGACUGCAUGGAGAAGGCCAGCAGCAACUUGAGCAUCCCUAUUGACUUUGCUUAUCCUUUCAGGCUGUACCAGGUGUCAUUUGAUGCGCCGGCAUGUGAAGCCAUGAGGAGAGAGCAAGUUUUCCUUGCUGGAGACUUUUCUUCCUCUGCUGAGUUCUUUGUCACCAUUGCUGUCUUUGCCUUCCUGUAUUCCCUCAUGGCCGCUGUGGGCUACAUAUUCUUCUUGAAUAAGUACCGUGAAAACAGUCAAAGACCACUCAUUGAUUUUGUAGUGACUGUGGUGUUUUCCUUCAUGUGGCUGGUCAGCUCCUCUGCGUGGGCCAAGGCCCUGUCUGAUGUGAAGGUGGCCACUGACCCAGAUGAGGUGCAGCUUUUAAUCCCUGCCUGCAAAAUCCCAACUAACAAGUGUGGCUCCAUACACGGACCUCGCUGGUCCGGGCUCAACACCUCAGUGCUUGACAACUUGGGUUAA